UCUUGCUUGCCUUCCCUUUUCAACGGGACGACGGUUCCUCUUCGCGUCGAUCGUGUCCUCUUCUUGAGACGUCUCCACUCUCCAGGGGGAAAGAAAAAUCAAGCUCGUGGCGACAUGGGUAGCACCAGCAACAGGGGCGGAGGCGGCGCCGGGGAGGAGAGCGGCAGCGACCACGACGGCGGGAUGCGGAAGCCGUUGCUGGUCGUCAACACGGGCAGCUGGUACCGGAUGAGCUCGCGGCAGUCCAGCGUCGCCCCCGGGGCCUCCUCCAUGGCCGUCCUUCGCGAGUCCCACGUCUCCGCCUUCCUCUGCACGCUCAUCGUCGCGCUCGGGCCCAUCCAGUUCGGCUUCACCAGCGGCUUCUCCUCGCCCACCCAGGACGCCAUGGUUCGGGACCUCAGACUCUCCAUCUCGGAGUUCUCGGCGUUCGGCUCGCUGUCCAACGUCGGCGCCAUGGUCGGGGCGAUUGCCAGCGGGCAGAUGGCCGAGCACAUUGGUCGCAAAGGGUCACUGAUGAUCGCUGCAAUCCCAAAUAUCAUCGGUUGGCUUGCGAUCUCCUUCGCAAAAGACGCCUCGUUUCUGUAUAUGGGAAGAUUGCUUGAAGGAUUCGGUGUCGGCAUUAUAUCCUAUACGGUACCAGUAUACAUAGCAGAGAUAUCUCCUCAGAACAUGAGAGGAGCUCUUGGUUCCGUGAACCAGUUGUCUGUAACCCUCGGUAUAUUGUUGGCCUAUUUGCUCGGCAUGUUUGUUCCAUGGAGGCUUCUUGCAGUGAUGGGAGCCUUGCCGUGCACAGUGUUGAUUCCUGGCCUUUUCUUCAUUCCAGAAUCUCCAAGAUGGCUGGCAAAGAUGAAUUUGAUGGAAGAUUGUGAGACUUCCCUACAAGUGCUGAGGGGGUUUGAAACUGACAUCACUGCAGAAGUGAAUGAUAUAAAGAGGGCAGUGAAAUCAGCGAGCAAAAGGACUACAAUCAGUUUUCAAGAGUUAAACCAAAAGAAAUACCGCACGCCCCUAAUUCUAGGGAUUGGCCUACUUGUACUGCAAAAUUUAAGUGGAAUCAACGGUAUACUGUUUUAUGCAAGUAACAUCUUCAAAGCUGCAGGGGUUACAAACAGCGACUUGGCCACCUGUUCGCUCGGAGCUAUCCAGGUUCUUGCCACAGGAGUUACAACAUGGUUGUUAGACAGAGCUGGGCGGCGCAUCCUUCUUAUUAUUUCUACUUCCGGGAUGACUCUAUGCCUUCUUGCUGUUUCUGUUGUUUCUUUUCUCAAGGAUAACAUUUCACAUGAUUCAAACACAUACUACAUCUUAAGUAUGAUCUCCUUGGUCGCUCUCGUGGCUUUGGUCAUUGCCUUCUCCUUCGGUAUGGGUGCCAUUCCCUGGCUUAUGAUGUCUGAGAUCCUCCCGGUUAGCAUCAAGAGUCUUGGAGGAAGCUUUGCGACACUGGCAGCCUGGUUGACAUCAUUUGCUAUAACAAUGACAGCAAAUUUGAUGCUCACCUGGAGCGUUGGAGGCACUUUCCUCUCCUACAUGAUUGUGAGCGCCUUCACUCUGGUUUUCGUUGUCCUUUGGGUGCCAGAGACAAAGGGCAGAACUCUAGAGGAGAUCCAAUGGUCGUUUCGCUGAGGUUUACACGCAUUAAGCAGAUGCAAUCACCCAAUGAUUCUUCGAGUUUUUCUCCUGGAAGGCAACGGUUGAUUCGUGCAACUGGAAAUUUUGGGUAUUCCUCCCAGCACAAAUACUAGGUGAAGGCCACGGAUUCUUUCUGUUCAUACGCCAGUUUGUACAUUCUUGUGCAAUGCUGUGAAAAUACAUGUAAAUGCUGGGGCAUUGACUCUUACCAAAUUGCUCUCCUGCCUUAAGUAUUGUAUAAGAUCAAGAGUGCAUUGUCAAAGUUGUAUGUAAAAAACAGGAGUGAUCAGUCUCAAGAAAGUAUCUUUGAGGCCUGUC